ACUCCCCUCCUGUCUCUACCCCUAGAUCCAGGUGCUGUGGACUUGGAGAAAGUAGCCAAUGUGAUUGUGGACCAUUCUCUGCAGGACUGUGUAUUCAGCAAGGAAGCAGGACGCAUGUGCUACGCCAUCAUUCAGGCAGAGAGUAAACAAGCAGGCCAGAGUGUCUUCCGGCGCGGACUCCUCAACCGACUGCAGCAGGAGUACCAGGCUCGGGAGCAGCUGCGAGCACGCUCCCUGCAGGGCUGGGUCUGCUAUGUCACCUUUAUCUGCAACAUCUUUGACUACCUGAGGGUGAACAACAUGCCCAUGAUGGCCCUGGUGAACCCCGUCUAUGACUGCCUCUUCCGGCUGGCCCAGCCAGACAGUUUGAGCAAGGAGGAGGAGGUGGACUGUUUGGUGUUGCAGCUGCACCGAGUUGGGGAGCAGCUGGAGAAAAUGAACGGGCAGCGCAUGGAUGAGCUCUUUGUGCUGAUCCGGGAUGGCUUCCUGCUCCCAACCGGCCUCAGCUCCCUGGCCCAGCUAUUGCUGCUGGAGAUCAUUGAGUUCCGGGCGGCCGGCUGGAAGACAACACCAGCUGCCCACAAGUAUUACUACAGCGAAGUCUCCGACUAGGCCUCCAGAUCAGGGCUAACUUGCCAGCACCAGCC